AUGCUGCCCGCCCUGCUGCUCCUGCUCGGCCUCCUGGCCGCCUCCUCCGCCAGCCCCAUCUCUGCCUCCCCGGAAUGUUCCCAGGGCUCCCCUGAGCAAUGCCUGGACCUGCAGGUGGUGAGGCAGGCGCAGGGCCCCCCCGCGUCUGCUGAAGACAGGGUCCCUACGCUGAAGCCGGUAGAGCCAAAGCUCAACUUCAUCAGUGGGAUACCGUCCAACCUGGCCUGCGACGUGUGCACAGCAGUGGUCCACGAGGUGCAGGGGUGGCUCGGCAGUGACAGCACCAAGGAGGACGUCAGUAGCGCCCUGGAGCACGCAUGCCACAGCCUGCCUCUGCUCCUGCGGGCCAAGUGCACCUCCCUGGUGGACAACCACGGCUCUGACCUGGCGCCCCUCGUGACCAAGGACACCCCAGAUAAGGUGUGCCGUGCGGUGGAGGUGUGCUCAACCCAGAGGGCACCCCGUUCGCUAGGUUCCACCCCCACCAGCAGGCCCCUGGCGCUGCCGGACGAGGAGAACCAGGGCAGCUUCUGCAAAGGCUGCAAGAAGCUGCUGGACGUGUCUGCCAGCAACCUGCAGAGCAGGAGCGCCAGGAACGACAUCCUGGCGGCCUUCAAGGGCGGCUGCAGCAUCCUGCCGCUGCCCUACCAGGUGCAGUGCGACCGCUUCGUCACCGACUAUGAGCCCGUGCUCAUUGACAGCCUCAUGAGGAUGAUGGAGCCCACCACCAUCUGCAAGAAGGUGGGCGCCUGCCGCGGCCCCCAGAACCAGCUGCUGGCCACUGACCAGUGCUUCGCCGGCCCCAGCUUCUGGUGCAAGAGCAAGGAGACCGCUGCACUCUGUCACGCCACGGAGCACUGCCAGCACCACGUGUGGAAAGAGGCGCAAGCGUGA